CUUGACUCUUUGUGCACCAAUAAUAGCUUCUCACUCAAAAUAUCUCAAGCUCCUUUUUCUUUGUUCUUAAUUUUUUUUUCCACUUAAUAAUUUUCAUUUACUUAAAUUGGGAAAAUUUUGCCAAAAAUAAAUACUUUUUAUCUUUGUUUAAUUUACAGAAAUAUUUUUAGAAAUAAGAAUAAUGGAGGCAGAGUUCAUAACCAAGUAUCACACACAGCAAGAGAUUGGAGCCAAUCAAUGUUCUUCUUCUGUCACUAAACGCAUCAAAGCUCCUACUGAUAUUGUUUGGUCUUUAGUGAGAAGCUUUGAUCAACCCCAGAAAUACAAGCCAUUUAUUAGUGAAUGUACAUCAAGAGGAGAUUUUAAAGUUGGUACAGUUAGAGAAGUUAAUGUUCGAUCAGGACUUCCUGCAACCACCAGCACCGAAAGAUUGGAGCUUCUCGACGAUGAGCAUCGUAUAUUUGGUGUCAGAAUCAUGGGUGGCGAUCAUAGAUUAAGGAAUUACUCAUCAACAAUAACAGUUCACCCAGAAACAAUCGAAGGAAGGCCAGGAACAUUAGUCAUUGAAUCAUUCGUAGUUGAUGUACCAGACGGAAACACCACAGAGGAGACUUAUUACUUUGUUCAGUACCUUAUCAACUGUAAUCAUAAUUGCUUAGCUGAUGUUUCUGAAAAGAUUGCAUUGCACACCAAUAGCUCUGGACAGACCAACUCCGUUGAAUGGUAAUUUUGGAUCAUUUGAAGUUUCGAGGAGGCUGCUUUAGACUUGAUUCUCAACUGUUGUCUCCGUUCAGUAGAAAAUUAUUGAUUUGUUCUUUCUCAUUUGAAUUAUGGAGUCAGUUUGUUUGAUUACAACAGCUAUUUCUCCAAAAAGUAUGAUUUAUGAUAACAGGCUGUUUUGGACUGUAAUUGCUAGGCAUUUUCAUCUAAAUGCGGUCAUAUAUAUGACCACCAAACAA